AUGAAUAAUGAGGAUCCUGGAAUUUCAGGAAAUCAAUAUAGAGGUACAGUGAUUGUUGGGUUUAGUGACAGAAUACCUUCUGAUAAAGAUAAUAAAGACAAUAUAUGUUUACAGACCGGUGAAGAAUUUUCUGCCGAGUUCUUACGCGACCGGGUCGGUUUAAGAAGGUUUCCUGUCAUAACUGAUGCAGAGCAGCACAUGCCAAACAGAAUGGACUUCAAUGUUAAUAAUAGUAAACCGGUCUACGAGGAUCAAAAACACGUCGUUGGGCUAGGGAGAAUGGAUUCUGAUAGCAAUUUGGAUUUGUUAGAUAUUGCUUUUGCUAGAGGCUAUGUUGCUGAAGUUGACAACAGGGCAUGUCAUAAUAAUUUGACCAGAUACCAGUGUGAACAUGGUGGUACCAGACAAGCAUCGAGUGCAUUUUCUAGACAAUUAUCAAUUGGAUUUUCUGACGGAUGCGAUCAAGUUGCCUUGGCAUCAAAUACUCCUCGUUCAUGCCAACCUUAUGGAACAGUAGUCUCAGAAGGUUCCUUCUACCAAAAGAUAAAGUUUUUAUGUAGUUUUGGAGGUCGAAUACUACCAAGGCCAAAUGAUGGGAAGCUCAGAUAUGCAGGGGGAGAGACGCGGAUUAUAUCGAUUAGGAAAAACAUCACACAUGAGGAACUUACAAGGAAGACUUCUGAUAUUUGCAAUCAAACUCACAUUAUCAAAUACCAGCUUCCUGGAGAGGAUCUUGAUGCUCUUAUUUCUGUUUGUUCUGAUGAGGAUCUUCAUCAUAUGAUUGAGGAGUAUGAGGAGCUUGAAAGAGGCGGAGGCUCGCAACGACUGAGGAUUUUUCUCAUAGCUUCAAAUGAAUCAGAGAGUCCAAGUUCUAAUGAACCAAGAGUCAAUCAGCAAAGUGAUGCUGAUUAUCAUUAUGUUGUUGCUGUUAAUGGUAUACUAGAUCCAUGUCCGCGAAAGAAUCUUAGUGGACUGAAUCUGGCAGGCCAUGCUAGCCAGUUUACAACUGCCUCUGAUUACAACAGUCCACAUUUCCAUAGGGAAUCAUCCACAUAUGCAUUUGCUUCAGAUUUUAUUGAUUGCAGCCCAACCUCUUCAAAUUUGGCAGGAACAAUGUCAAAACAAAGUCUAUUUGUAACAUCAAUGAAGGUAGCGGGCAAGUCGUUUGAUCAAAUGCCUCCAUCUCCCAUUUGUGCACAGCCUAAAGAUCCAAAUAUUUCUAAUGUCCAGUUAUUUACGGAUCAACCAUAUAAUGUUGUUAAUGAAAACAUUAUUCCCUAUGUCAUGGAAAAAAUUCCACGCGACAACUCUUUGUAUGUAGACAGUACCAGUUAUGUUGAUCCCAUUGCAUAUUAUAACAAUCAUCCCCAAGGGCCUCCAUGUAUGAACCACCAUCCUAGUAAUCAAUAUCCAUUGGAGUCUGACCAAAUCAGGAAGUCUAACGCUAAUUUCCAUUUUCACAGAAGAAACAAUAGUAAAGAAUUUGUUUCUUCUGCAAUUUUUAAUCAGACAGAUACGAAAUUUGAGAGGCCUUUAGUAAACAAAGAAGGUUCAUACCAUUUUAACAAGAUUGUCUCUCAUACACAUCAGUCAUCGAGUGUAUUCUCAAUGUCUGAUGAUAAGGAUGUUUCUCAGUACAGAAUGUUGCAUGCACUCUCUGACUCAACGCUUCUGGAGAAUAGUGAGAACUACAAAGAUCACCUGCAAUUUCUGCUUAAUGUUGAGAGAGACAAAUUGUCGUCGCUGGGAACUUCAAGCUCUUUGGAAGAAUGUUCAAUGCAGCUAGAAGAGAUAUGUGAUGGGAAAGAACGUACAGUUUUACAUCAAAACUGGCCGACUUUUGGAAUGACUGAUAGUUGCAAGCGAUUGUCAGAAAUUGGUAAAGAGAACGUACAAUGUGUAGGUAAAAGCACUGAUUGCUUUGUUGAAAAAGUUGGAGCUGUGCCACAACAGUUACAGUACAUCUACUAUCAACAUGGUGCUUGCUCGUCUUCACCAGAUUUACAAAGCAGUGAAUGCAGUGAUUCUGCUGCACCACUUAUGUCGUCAGAGUUGGCUAGAUGCAUGACAGAGCAACCAAAUGGUAUACCGUUUGACACAAUUGCUUCUGAGUUUUCUAUGAGAAGCCAAAGUUCACCAAUGCAUUACCAAUAUGCUGUGUCAGAAACAAAAGACAGUCAACCACCUACCCCUGGCUUUUUUGAGAUACGUCCUAUUGACUCCCAAACCGACACAGAAUCCGUGCUACCUAUCUCGUAUCCAGAUGUGGUUUCUUCUUCACUAAGAGAGGUUCUUGACCCUGACGGCAAUCCUGCAUACUACCAGAACCGAAAGGAAGAAAGCAUAGUCACUAAGAAACAAUCGUAUGAAUACAUUGAUGAAUUUUGCAUCAACAAAGCAGAAUCAGCAACAGUUGUCAAAGAAUCAAUUGAUUAUAUUUCUUCAAGUAUCCAGUCAUGCUUACAAGUUGUCUCAAAUACAGAUGAAGAGGGCAAACAUACAUAUUCUGAAAAAUCAGGGGUAGUGUGUGUUAAUCCAGAAUCUGAAAGUAAGCUUGGAAAAGCCGAUAAUGAAAACUUGAAUAAGCCUAUUGGUAAUUCAGAGACUGCUGAAACAGAGUCGGAACUUUAUGGUUUACAGAUUAUUGAGAAUGGUGAUCUUGAAGAACUACAUGAGUUAGGAUCUGGAACCUUUGGAACCGUUUAUCAUGGCAAAUGGAGAGGAACAGAUGUUGCAAUUAAGAGAAUAAAAAGUAGCUGUUUCGCUGGUAGAAUGUCAGAGCAAGAGCGGUUGACUAAAGAUUUUUGGAGGGAGGCAAAGAUUCUAUCAACUCUUCACCAUCCAAAUGUGGUGGCAUUUUAUGGGGUAGUUCCAGAUGGUCCAGGUGGAACAUUGUCAACUGUAACAGAAUACAUGGUGCACGGAUCACUGAGAAAUGUUCUCUUGAAGAAGGAGAGAGUGCUUGACCGUCGUAAAAGGAUAAUGAUUGCAAUGGAUGCAGCCUUUGGCAUGGAAUAUUUGCAUUUAAAAAGUAUUGUUCAUUUUGAUUUGAAGUGUGAUAAUUUGCUUGUCAACUUGGGUGAUCCUGAGCGGCCUGUAUGUAAGGUUGGAGAUUUUGGCCUAUCGAGAAUUAAACGCAACACAUUUGUUUCUGGUGGUGUCAGAGGGACUCUUCCAUGGAUGGCACCGGAACUACUGGAUGGUAACAGCAUUAGAGUAUCUGAGAAGGUCGAUAUUUUCUCAUUUGGCAUCACAAUGUGGGAAAUUUUGACUGGGGAAGAACCUUAUGCUAACAUGCACUGUGGUGCUAUCAUAGGAGGUAUUGUCAAUAAUACACUGAGGCCAUCUAUUCCAAAACGCUGUGAUUCUGAGUGGAAAAAGUUGAUGGAAGAAUGUUGGAGCCCUGAUCCUGAAGCCAGGCCAACCUUCACAGAAGUUAAAAAUAGACUCCGCAACAUGUCAGCUACACUGCAGAAAAAGAGACCUAAUGUUGGGAUUCGGUGA